AUGUCGUCGCUCUCCAACGGAAGACUCAAAGCUCCCAGCGUCUCGGCCGGGAUCACGGUGAACGUGGCCGAGCUCGUAGAGGCGUUUCCCAACUACCAGGAACCGGACCGUGUGCAGCGUGAUGUGCUGGAGCUCUCCAAGAGCUGCAAGACCCUGGUCCCCAAGCGAGGGAGCGUGGAUUUGGAAUCUGGGCGAACGGAGCUGUUGACGCUACACGGGACGUUUCCCAUGGUGUUCCGCAACGCGCAGUACUUCACCCCUGUGCAGAUCUACAUCACGGAGAGCUACCCUGCUUCUCCCCCGGUUUGCUACAUCAUACCCACUCCUGGUAUGUCCUUGAGAGCUGGCCAUCAAAGUGUCGACGAAACCGGCUUAGUCUCCCUGCCCUACUUGCAAGGCUGGAGCGCCGCUCACAACCUGGUGGAGUUAGUGGGCACCAUGUCGACCGUUUUUGGAGCGCAACCCCCGCUCUUCGCCACCCCCUCGCCCAGUUCCUCGACUCCCACCAAGACCACAAAGGCUUCUGGUGCUUCCGGAAAACAAGGCACCUUGCAAGUGGUGUGCCCCAACUACGGAAGAACGGGCACCAAGUCAUUGAAAGCAGCCCUAGAGAUCCUAGGGUUCGGGCCGUGUUACCAUAUGGUCAGCAUAGUUGAGAGCCACCUGAAGAAUCACCCACAGCUGUGGGUGGAUGGGUUCCAGGGCCGCGGGCUCGACGUCAACAAAAUAUUGGACGGAUACAAGGCGGUCGUGGAUUGGCCGGCGGCAAGUUUCUACAAGGAGGUCUUGCAAUCGAACCCGGACGCGAAGGUCAUCAUGACCGUGAGGGACCCAGAUGCUUGGUGGAACAGCAUGGUGGCUUCCAUCCACACCAAGAACCCUGUCCUCGGGGGAUGGGGAAUCUUCUUCCUGGAGGUGCUCAAGUCCGACGUCCGUCUGUACAAGCACAUGCUGAGGUACAUGAAGACCCACACGAUGGAAGAAGACGAGGCCAAGGCUGACUACGUCAGGCACAACAAGGAGGUCUUGGCGCACGUCGGUGCUGACAACGGACGCGAGCUGCUCGAGUUCUCGGUGGAGCAGGGGUGGGGGCCGCUCUGCAAGUUCCUCGACGUCUCUGUGCCGGAUGUUCCAUUUCCUAAGGUCAAUUCCAGAGAGGAGCUGAAGAUCAGGUUGAACAGGUUCAACCGCCAUGGGUGGUUGUUGAUGGCGGCGACAGUGACCGUUGCUGGGGCGAGCGUGGCAGCGGCUUCGUUCUUUGGAGGCAAACGCGCGGGCGGUGCGCUUGCCGCUACCGAGGCCUUGGUGUUGACGUCACGAUUCCGCAAGGCUCUCGCCUUGAGACGAACCGACUAGGGAGAGCGAACACGGCGUUCCGUUUCGUGGAGUGCCUCUGGACGCCGGCAUCUACUUUUCUUCUCGGAGCGGGGACGCAGGACUCGGCUGCCACGGCUCCUUCUUCUUCGUAUUGCUGCGUUGCACACGAACACGAUAGUCUCGCCGGCUGCCUUUUCCGUGCCACCAUCAACGCCCAUGCGUCUUGCCGAGACGUGCCGUUCUGAAUGGGUCGCCUUUGCAUGGCUUGCUACCUGACACCACCAGGAUGCGACCAUGGUUGCGGGGAACACGGGCCCACACCACUGCUGCUCCACGUAUUUGCUGCAUCAAGUACGAGCUGCACGCAUUUGACGCGUUGCAAGCAAACAAAAAAGGGCCGUUUCAAGCUAGGGCACAACAAGGCCGCUGUCCUAUCUCGAGCUCUCAUGUCGAUCAUUUCGUAGCCCCGGAUGCGCGGACGUUGUCAAAGUGUGCUGGAUGGGCAGAGGUUGUCGGGUUUCCUAGGGUAAACAGAGCGCAUCACCAGUAAUAUGAAGUCAUGUUGCUUGUCCGAGAGCUGGCGGUGGUUGCUUGAUCCCCACAGAUUGAGUUCGAUUUUACACGGGACGGAUAGGGGAGGAAAACAUUUACCGUGUGGAAAUGUCGGUGUUGCUUUCGUAGUGCUUUGGAGGCUUGGUAGACGGGAGAGACCCGCAACUAACUGCAUUCAGUUGUCAUCUACGCCUUGGUGGUGGCAAGUAAAUACUCUUAAUCUUGCUUGUAUGCAUGCCACCGUUUUUGUCUCGCACUUGAAACUUGGCGGUGUUGGUGAUGUGAAGACUCACAACUCACACGUGGCAAGAAGAAAAAUGUGGACUUUCAAAGCAU